UGAAAUCGAGACCAUCUUUGCCCGCAAGUUCCUCACUGACAUCAAAACUUUUAACCCUUCCGGUAAUUUCUUUUCCUGACUUCCAAGCCUAUGAUUGGUUUCCUUCCCUAACCCAAACAAGAGCGAGCAACACUGACCUGCUGACCAAAUAGCAGUCUGUUGUGAGAUGUUCUUGAUGAAUCUUCGAAUGGUGUUAGUUCGCAACGAAUAAAUGGAGGAUUUUUAAUCAGUCAAAACAUGGGAGUGCUUCAGUAUUUACCUUCGCUUUUACCUUUGGCCGCUCUUAUGUACAUGAGGGUACAGGAUAUUGCAUCCCCUCUGCUAAAAGACAAAUGGGAACCCGAAUAUGACUAUAUAAUUAUUGGUGCUGGUUCUUCUGGUGCUGUUAUUGCUAAUAGAUUAUCAGAGGAUCCAAAUGUGAAAGUAUUAUUAUUAGAAGCAGGUGGUUCGGAUAACCAAAUAACGGACGUUCCUUUAGUGGCUGCAAGUUUACAACAAACACCUGUAGAUUGGGCAUAUCAAACAGAACCUCAAGAAGUAGCAUGUUUGGGCCUUAAAGGCAGACGCAGUAGAUGGCCUCGAGGUAGAGUUCUUGGCGGUUCGAGUACUUUAAAUUAUAUGCUGUAUGUUAGAGGGAACAAGAAAGAUUAUGACAGGUGGGAAGCCUUGGGUAAUAAGGGAUGGUCUUGGAAUAAUGUUUAUCCUUAUUUCUUGAAAUCUGAAGAUAAUAGAGAUCCACCUUUAGUUGAUUCAGGUUAUCACGCAACUGGUGGUUACUUAACCGUUUCAACACCACCGUAUGCAACACCUCUUGCAAAGAGUUAUGUUGAAGCCGGUUUAACUAUCGGGUAUCCAAAUAUUGAUAUAAAUGGUGCUAAGCAAGGAGGUUGGAUGAUUCCCCAAGGUACCAUCAGAAGAGGAGCUCGUUGCAGCACUUCUAAAGCAUUUUUACAACCAACUCGAGGAAGGCCUAAUUUGGACAUUGUAAUAUUUGCUCAUGCAACAAAAAUUCUUUUUGAUGAGAAAAAACGGGCGCGUGGAGUACAGUUUGAUAGAUUACGUAUUUCAUAUACUGUCCAUGCAAGAAAAGAAAUAAUUGUAUCAGCUGGUGCUAUAAACUCUCCACAACUUUUAAUGCUGUCAGGAAUUGGCCCAAAACAUCAUCUGCAACAACUAGGGAUUCCUGUUAUUUCUGAUUUACCAGUUGGAUACAAUUUACAAGAUCACAUUUAUCCAGGGGGACUUCAUGUUCUUAUUGAUCAUCCUCAUUCUAUUUUGCAACCUCGUAUCAUUAAUCUCAUGGAUAUCAAUAAUUUCAUUUUAUUUGGACGAGGUCCUUUUACAACUCUGGGAGGGGUAGAAACUUUAGGCUUUAUUCAUACAAAGUAUGUCAACGUUUCUGAAGAUUGGCCUGAUGCUGAAAUUCAUUUUGUUUCCGGCAGUCCCGUUUCUGACGGUGGGCAAACAUUUCAACGUGUUAUGGGAGUAUCAGACCAGUUGUGGCAGUCUUAUUACAAGCCAUAUGUUUUUGAAGAUACGUUUUCGAUGCAUCCUGUUCUCCUCAGACCUAAGAGUAGAGGAUUUAUAAAGUUGCGAUCUACUGAUCCCUAUGAUCCCCCAAUUAUUGAUCCAAAAUACCUAACUCAUCCACAUGAUGUCUUAACUAUGGUUGAUUCUAUGAAAAUUUGCAUAUCUGCUAUGAGAACGCCUGCUAUUCAAAAAUUUGGAGGCAAGCUGUUUGAGUCCCCAUUGCCAGGAUGUGAUCACUAUCCUAAAUACAGUGAUCCUUAUUUGGAAUGUUUAGCGAGGAUGUAUACUGCUACAUUGUAUCAUCCUGUUGGAACAUGUAAAAUGGGACAUCAUUCAGAUCCAACAGCUGUCGUGGAUCCACAGCUUAGAGUUAAAGGUGUGCAAGGCCUGCGGGUAGCGGAUGCAUCUAUAAUGCCAGAAAUAGUCUCUGGAAAUACUAAUGCUCCAUGCAUUAUGAUUGGCGAGAAAGUAUCAGAUAUGAUUAAAGGCAAAAGAACUUUCUUAAAACCAAAAGGAAAAAGAUGAUAGACUUACCAUUAUAUUAGGUUUUUCAAAAAUCUCUUUUUGCUCAAUUUUAUCUCCCUUUUUUUAAAAAAAAAUUGUUCCUUUAAAUCAUGUCUUCUGUGAAGAACUUAUGUAUAUAAUUUAUGAACAAAACUGUAAAUAAAAUUUAUAAGGUAAUAAGGAUUUAGGGUAUUUAUUAACUGGUGAAAAACAAUUUGUUUCUUUGUUAAAUUGAACUAGGUGAUAAUUUUGAACGAAAGGAAUUGUUUUUGUGAAUUUUGUUUUAAUGGACUUGAAAAUUUUAAUUUUGUUAAAAAUAUACUUGUUUGAAAGUGAAUCUUAAAACUUUUAUUUAUCAGAUUUUGAAUGUUCGUAACAAAUUAAUUUAUUUCUAAUUGAAAGUUUAUUGAUUUCUAUAUGUGUCUAAAAUUUGUUUCUGUAUUAAAUUGUUAAUCUGUAAGUGUGUUCGUAUUAAGUUUAAAUUCUGCUUUGACUAUUAGGGAAUCACUUAGAUUGUAUCAGUAUUAUAUUAUCAUAUAUUUCUUAAUUAAAAAGGAUACAGAAUCAAAAUCUGCCUUUUUUUAAAAUUUUUAUUUGUUUAAAAAUUGAAAUAACAUUGAAUUGCAUCUUUUUUUAAAACAAUACCUUGAAUUUAUAGAAAUUGUUAUACAUUUUUAAAGUUUUAUAAUUGUUAUAAUUUAAAUGCAUAUAGUUAGUUUAAUUUUUCUCCAAUUGUACAUAUAUGUGUUGGGAUAAGUAAAGGCUUUUGAUUUCAUUGCA